UAUCCAAAUUCUCAACGUGCCCUGUACAGCCCUCUGCCUACUUCACGGUUGGACUCCUUGCACGCAAGACCGAAACAAAAUAGCUCGAGUUCGUACAGAUCCUACCUCUUCUCGGCUCGGACAGCAGACAUGGCACUGAAGGGCGUCCGCGUGCUGGAACUGGCGGGGCUCGCUCCGGCGCCGUUCUGCGGUAUGCUGCUGGCCGACUUCGGCGCCACCGUCACCAAGAUAGACGCCAUGAAUAAGGCGAGCGUGGAGGUCUUGGGGGCUGGUAAGGAGUCCAUCCGGCUCGACCUCAAGCACGACAAGGGCAAGGAGGUGUUUCGCAAACUGUGCGCCGCCAGCGAUGUCCUCAUUGAGCCCUUCAGAGCAGGCACGAUGGAGCGUCUGGGUCUGGGUCCAGACGACAUACUGACCAUCAACCCUCGCCUGAUAUACGCCCGUCUCACCGGCUUCGGUCAGUCCGGGUCCUGGGCGAAGAGCGCGGGCCACGACAUCAACUACGUCGCCCUCUCAGGCGUGCUGUCGUUGCUGGGCCGCGCCGACCAGCCACCCACACCACCCCUCAACUUGUUGGCGGACUUCGCGGGCGGCGGCCUGGCCUGCGCCAUGGGCGUCCUGCUGGCGCUGGUGGAGCGCGCCUCAUCCGGCCGCGGCCAAGUGGUGGACGCCGCCAUGACGGAGGGCGUGGCGUACCUGGCCAGCUGGGUGGGCCGCUCGCGGGGCGUGCUGCCCCUGUGGGACGCCGAGCGCGGCCGCAACUGGCUCGACUCCGGCGCGCACUUCUACGACACAUACGAGACCCGCGACGGCAGGCACAUGGCCGUGGGCGCCAUCGAGCCCCAGUUCUACGCCGAGCUCCUAGACAAGAUGGGCCUCGAGGAGGAGGCCGUCCCCCAGCACGGCGACUGGCCCGCAGCCCGGCAAGUGCUCGCCGAGCGCUUCAGGGAGCGCACGCAGGCAGAGUGGUGCUCCGUGUUUGACGGCUCCGACGCGUGUGUCACGCCCGUGUUGACCCUGGAGGAGGCGGCGCGCCACCCGCACAACGUGGCUCGAGGCGCGUUCCUGCGCCCCGGGGAAGGCCACGGCGGCCCCACGGUGCCGCAGCCCGCCCCCAAGCUCAGCCGCACCCCGGGCGUCUCGCGCGCCGCGGGCUCCCCCGCGGACGGCUACGUUCCCGGCAAGGACACGCGCCGCGUCCUGCGCGAGCUGGGCUACUCAGACGCACAGGUGCAGCGGCUGCUCGACGAAGGAGUCGCUGGGGUAGACGAGAUCGGCGACCUUCAAGCAAAGCUGUAGAGCCAGGAGGGUUGGGCAGUAGUAAUACGGACUGUAUUACUACUUUGGGCAUGUCCGACUAAUCGACCAUUUCGUUGCAUGUUAAGGAAAAUAAUUAGACACCUUUUCUAAUUUUUAUUUUAAAACUUCGAUUUGUGACAUACAUUUUUAAUCCUCUUUUUCUUUUAAUGUGGGGAUUGGAAGCUUUCCAAUAUAAAUAAUGGCUGUGAAAUAAGACUGAAAACACCUCAAGAUUCGUUUUUUUUUUUUUUUUAAUGCUGUGAAAGACCCAGUGACUCUUGUUACUACAUGUUGAUGAUUAUUAAAAAUUGGCCUCAUGGUCCUGGAAGUA